UGUUAGUCAGCCACUAUGGAAUGUAACAUCCCCUCCCGUUUCUCUCUUGUCUGCUCUCUCCAGGUUUACGACUUGAGCAAGAAGCCUGAUGACGGCAUGAACGCCAUCAGAUUUGUGAAUGGUUUGGGCAGUCCGUUGAAUGUUACGUUGGGAGUCGGUGACAUCGCUCCUCUGUCUGCCUCCAACUACAGUCUGCUUCCACAGGGAAAGGCGGAGUUUACCAUCAUGAACAGUGGUGGUGCAUCGUGUCUGUACUCUAAAGAGCUGGGCUUUGGCAGCGCCUUCACCCUCGUCAUACCAUCCACAUUCAACAUCGGAAGCCCUGAUUGUUGGCAGGCCAUCCAGGUGGUAGAAGACAUCAAGCCCAACACCAUCCACAUGGGCUGGCAGAUCCCUCAGUACUUCCUCAUGACAGCAGGAGAGGUGGUGUUCUCUGUAACUGGCCUGGAGUUCUCCUACUCGCAGGCGCCUAGCAACAUGAAGUCGGUGCUGCAGGCUGGUUGGCUGUUCACUGUCGCCGUGGGAAACAUCAUAGUGCUGAUUGUUGCCGAGGCAGCACAGCUUCCAGAUCAGUGGGCAGAAUACAUCCUGUUUGCCUCUCUCCUUGUGGUGGUGUGUAUUGUGUUCGCCGUCAUGUCCUACUUCUACACCUACACUGACCCAGCGGAGAUCGAGGCCCAGUUCCGCCAGCCGGAACACGAGCCGGAGGAGAAGAAGAGAGAUCGGGUUGAGAUGGAGAGAAAGGACUCAGACUGCAGCAAGAGCAGCAAGGGUUCUGACAAGAAGAAGAGGGAUUCUGUUGUUGAGCAGCAUAACCAAGAUGUCAAACAGAGCAAGAUGUAAAACUCCCCAUUCACACCAUUUCCUCCUCCUGAACCAAUCAGAACAGGUCUCAGAGAGAGAACCAUUGGAACUUAAUCUUAUGAACAUUAAUCCUUCGAUACAGCUUUAUGGGUAAAUUUUGACUUUGAUAUAUUGUAAAUAAUUUUUUACAAUGAUUUAUUUUGCACCAUGUAGCAAAAGCAACAUUAUGAAUGUAAUUUUGCUCAUCAUAAUUUAUUCGAAAGAGGACAUACUGUAUGAAUGACCAUUCCUAUUCAUUUCCCAGUACAGUGUUUUGUGUACUGGAUAUGUAAUUGUUUUGAGUUAAUUCCACACCAAGUGAGUCCCUGGCAGUCAAGUGCUUCAAUAAAGAGGAUGAGUCUUA